UUCGACAACUCCAGCUGGUGGUGUUGUUGGAGAUAUGUCCAGGCCCCUCACCCAGCUGUUGCCUGCAGAUUUGUCUGUAGGGGGCACUACAGAGAGUGGCCCUCAGGUGACCUCCAUGAAUAACUUGAAGACCCUCCUGCAGCUGCCAGUCAAGAGUGACCAGGAAGGAAGUAAGGACUGCUGUCAGGUGAAAGACAAACACGUGUCAUGUGACGUGGUAGACCACCCGUUGGCUGUGAAUGCUGCAGGACUAGCUGGAGUCCCUGGUUCUAGUGGUCCCACUCGUCCUCACUCCCAGUCGGCCUUCCUGGGUCCACUGCUGUGGGAGAGAACACUUCCGUGUGAGGGAGGACUGUUCCAGCUCCAGUACAUGGACCUGGAGGAGUUCCUGAUGGAGAACGCUGUGGGAGGAGGUGGAGGUGGUUUUGGCAGCACCCAGAUCCCAUCUCAGAAUUCCCAGCCAGUGGUUCCCAGUCAAAGUUCCCAAUGCCCCCCGACCUCUCCUUCUCCCUGCUCCUCCUCGUCUUCUUCCAAGUCCUCCUCCUCCUCUUCUCUCCUUGGACUGGAGGCUGUCCAGCCUCCUCCUGUGCUUCAGCGGGAGCAGGACCUGAUGGGAGGAGCUGCGUGUCUCAGUGGUGCUGGGGGCGGAGAAGGCAGCAGUGACAUUCAGGUGAACUUUGACCCUGACCCUGCAGACUUGGCCUUAUCAAGUGUUCCAGGUCAGGAGGCGUUUGAUCCCAGAAAUCACUGCUUCAGCGAGGAGGAGCUGAAACCUCAGCCAAUGAUCAAGAAGGCCAGGAAGAUUGUUGUUCCUGAAGAGCAGAAGGAUGACAAGUACUGGAACCGACGUGUGAAGAACAACGAGGCGGCCAAACGUUCCAGAGAUGCUCGGAGGCUAAAGGAAAACCAGAUCUCUGUCCGAGCAGCAUUCUUGGAGAGGGAGAACGCCGUGCUCCGCCAGGAGGUGGCAGACAUGAGAAAGGAGCUGGGACGCUGCCGGAAUGUCAUCAACAAGUAUGAAAGUUGCCAUGGCGACCUGUGAUGGAAGGAAGGAGGUGAAAACAGAAGCAGCAGCACCCCCUGGUGUCACCACUCAUCGUUGCCACCUGGUGUUGAUGCUCAUCGUCGCCUCCUGGUGUCGCCACUCAUCAUUGCCUCCUGUUGUCACUUCUCAUCGCCACCUCCUGGUGUUGACGCUCAUCGUCGCCUACAGUUGAACAUCGGUUAGCUUUGUAACGUGUCGUUUUUUUAAUCAACGGAACAAUGAAAUGAAAUGCGUAUUUUUAAAAUGAAGAGAAAUUAGAGGAGGCACUAGCUUAGAGGGGGCGCUGUCUGAUCAUCUCUAGACAAGUUGUAUAUUUUUCUAUUAAUCAAAGUAAAAAGCAGACUUUAAGGUGUCAAAGACGAGAUUUGUAAAAAUAUUCUGCUCAUGAACAGGAAGGGGCGGGGUUUAUAGACAAAGGCUCCGUCUGUUAAUAAAUGUCAGUGUAUCUAUUAAUAAAGAAUGUAUCAACACGGUCCAAUCAGGUUCUUCCAUAGAGUUGAUCAGAAGACAGGCGUUGGAGACCUGAACUGCCAGCAGAGGGUACACAAACCUUGAAACUGUAUUUGGGAAGGCUCCCACAUCCUCAGGGAUGCCUGUAUACCAGAGGGGGAGUUGGGGGUCAACCUGAAUGUCCCUGUGGGGCAAGAAGAGGGUCAUUUUGAUUGAAGUUUGGAAACUUAAGGCUUUUCUAUUUUCAUGUACCUUACUGAUCUUAUUUAGAGGAAAAUCAGGACUUGCAUCAAGUGUCCUCUAGUUGGUGCUGCUCAGUAUGAGUUGAGCUGAAGAAUCUUAGUAACAAAACAAACUAUUUUAACAAGUCCCAGGUUUGGGUUCGUGACCUUGUUUGAAACAUUGACUUUUAAAAAAGUGAAGAACAGGAAGUUGGAUCUAAUGUGAGAACCUUGGGAGGAGAGACUGUGGAACCGAUCAGUAUGAACAGUGUUGUAUUGAUAUUGUUCUGGACAAUGAUGGUGCUGAUUUACACACACACACACACACACACACACACACACACCUCAAGUCACCUGAUCUGAUGGCAGUCCAUAACAACUCUAAAAAAUGACUUUCAUGAAUGAAAUGAGACAAAUGUUAAAAAUCAAUGUUUCUGUUUGAAGAUAAAUGUGGUUUCAACCUGAGGUUUGU